AUGAAGUACUUUAUUAGGAUUGAGCUGUGCAGAUCCAAGGAAGGGUUAUUCAUCUCUCAAAGGAAGUAUGCAUUGGAUCUCUUGAAAGAUGUUGGUGCGUAUGGAGGAAGAACAGCCAAGAUUCCCAUGGAGGAUGUGUACAAGGUUCCACGUGAAGGGGAGAUUGAAGACAACAGGUUGUUCUAUGAUCCAAAGCUGUAUAGGAAGCUUGUGGGGAAGCUGAUAUACUUGACUAUCACCAGUCCAGACAUCUGCUUUGUUGUUAACCAAGUAAGCCAGCAUAUGCAAGCUCCACGAGAGCAUCACUGGCGCAUGGUGGAGAGAGUUCUCAUGUACCUGAAUGGAACUCAAGGGCUUGGUAUAUGGAUGGGAGUCAAUAAGAGCACUGGAGUUGUGGGUUAUUGUGAUGCUGCUUGGGCUGGAGAUAGGGCAGAUAGAAGGUCUACAACAGGCUAUUGGACUUUCAUUGGUGGAAACAUGGUUACUUGGAAGAGUAAGAAGCAUAAGGUUGUAUCAUGCUCUAGUGCUGAAGCUGCGUAG